AUGAUCAUUAAUGGAGAUGAUGUUGAUAGUAUCUCUGAUUUCAAGGCCUCACUUUACCGUACCUUUGAGAUGAAAGAUCUUGGUUCUCUCAGCUAUUUUCUUGGACUCGAGGUCAUCUCCACCGAUGAUGGCAUCUAUCUCUCUCAGGCUAAGUAUGCUUCAGAUCUUCUUGCUGGCGCUGGGAUUAUAGAUAGUCGGACUGAGUCUACUCCUCUUGAGUCUAAUGUUCAAUUUACCCCUAUGGAUGGCACUGUUUUGGAUAAUCCAAUUCUCUAUCGACAGUUAGUUAGAGGUCUCAUCUACUUGACUAUCACCCGACCAGACAUCGCCUAUCUGAUUCGUGUACUUAGCCAGUUCUUGCUUACUCCGAUGCUGAUUAAGCUGGUGAUCCCACUGAUCGUCGUUCUACUACUGGUUACUAUUUGUUUCUUGCCGACGCUCUCAUUUCUUGGCGUGCUAAGAAGCAAACGUUCACUGCUCGCCCUCGCUGACACCACUGCUGAGGUUAUCUCGGUUCGUUGGCUCCUCGAAGAUCUGAGUGUUCCUCAGUCGUCUCCUACUGAUGUUUUUUGUGAUAACCGCAGUGCUAUCCAGAUUAACACUGGAUCAAACUGCUGA